UGUGGGAGCAACCAUCAGGCACACUUGCCCGACCAGGGCACAGCCCCGCCCCUGGGGCGGAAUGAUGGCAAGCUCGCCGGCAGACUCACCGAUUGGCCGGGGCUGCCUGUCACUCGAAGGAGCUGAUGUGUGUCAGUGAGGAGGACGAGAGAUUUACUCACAAAAAGCCACACGUGUGAGAGCAGGCAGCGUUAGGGCUGCUCAGUCAUUGCAAAAACACUUGCAGACAGAUACACUCAACACAAGGGAAGGGCGAUAGCAGCAGCUUCAAUAUUCCUGCAACUAGAGGGAGAGAGCCGGCUUCCUGCAGCAUCGUGAAAGCAGAGGAUCCCCUUUCAGCACUGGAAAUCGACUGGCAGCACAGCGACUAAAAGCGGCUCCAGGAGCCCAGCACAGUGUCUGUGGAAAGCAGCUGGAAGUCCAGCUUUCAGCCGGGGCUUUCGCUGCCAAUGUACCUGUUAACACCAGCCGAGCCCCUGGCCAGUUGCAGCGUGCCCCCGAAACUCGCUGCAUUGUGAACCCAGUCUUUUAUUUAUUAUUGAAUUAUUCGCACCCACACCCCAUCGAAAACUUUUCAUCAGGUGCUCUAGCUAAAAGGGACAGUUUCUUCUGUUAAUACUGAAAAAGCAACAAGGGGAAAAAAAAAACAAAAUGCAGGUUUUGGAGGAUGCAAUGGGCCCUUUACUAUCUGGGGGGUCCUUUUGCAGAAAAGUGCUCGCAGUUUUUCAACUUCUCAUAUUGAUGGGACUUCGUCACAAGAGUGACUUUGCUGGUGAAGCCAUUCACGUCGCAACUGCUGCUGCACGAGCUGGAGGUGAGAAGCCAGUCCAUCAUCAUCUGUCAGCAUUUGGGUGGCUGGAGCUGGGUGACAACAGCGAAUAUGAAAUUGUGACUCCAUAUGAAGCUGACAGCAGUGGUGAUUAUGUCUCUCUCUCAGUAAUCCAUCAACAGAGAAAGAAGCGAUCCGUUCAUAAUGUUGGUGAUGAAUCCCUCUACUUCAAACUCAAUGGGUUUGGCCAGGACUUUCAUUUGGAGCUAAGAACUUCUGAGGGCUUCAUGCCUCCCGGAUUUACAGUUCAGACUUUAGGAAAACAAGGCUUAAAAUCUGUAGAGCAUUAUCAUCCAGAGGAGCUGUGCUUCUAUCAAGGUGCUUUAAUAUCACAUAACAAAUCUUCAGUGGCACUUUCUACAUGCAAAGGCUUGUCAGGUUUGAUAAGAACAGAAGAAGCUGAUUACAUUUUGACACCUCUACCUCAGCACCUUGCACUUAAACACAAUUACACAGCACCUAAAGGGCACCAUCCACAUGUCCUGUAUAAGAGAUCUGCAGAGCCAAAAGUGCACAUUCAAGAUAAUGAGGUAACCAUAAACCAGAGGUCUGUGGGAAUUGGAUAUUAUGAUCACAAGUAUCGUCACCAACACCGACGUCGUAAUGACUACAAACAUGGACAGCUUCAAAAGCAGCACUACUGUGGAAGACGCAAGAAAUAUAUGCCAAAACCCCCAGAAACAGAUAUGUAUAUUCUGCCAGAUGAGUAUCGAUUCUUAUCCAGAAAUAAGCGUUCCUUGUUCAAGAUGCAAAAGAAUGAAAAGCUUAAUGUGGAAACAUUAGUUGUGGUGGACAAGAAGAUGAUUGAAAAGCAUGGCAGCGAGAACAUAACUACUUAUGUAUUAACUAUACUAAAUAUGGUGUCCACUCUGUUUAAGGAUGGUACGAUAGGAGGAAACAUAAAUAUUGUAAUUGUUGGGAUUGUCCUGCUGGAGGAAGAUCAGCCAGGUCUUUUAAUAAACCACCAUGCAGAUCGUACUUUGAACAGCUUCUGUCAGUGGCAGUCGGGAUUGGUGGGCAAGGAUGGUAAUCGUCAUGAUCAUGCCAUUCUGCUGACAGGCCUUGACAUUUGUUCUUGGAAGAAUGAGCCUUGUGAUACUUUAGGAUUUGCACCCAUCAGUGGGAUGUGUAGCAAAUAUCGCAGCUGUACUAUCAAUGAAGACACAGGAUUAGGCCUGGCCUUCACCAUCGCUCAUGAGUCUGGACACAACUUUGGUAUGAUUCAUGAUGGAGAAGGAAAUGUAUGCAAGAAAUCCGAGGGUAAUAUCAUGUCACCAACACUUGCGGGACAUAAUGGGGUCUUCUCGUGGUCAGCCUGCAGCCGGCAAUAUCUGUACAAGUUUCUGAGCACUUCCCAGGCAACUUGUCUCGUUGAUGAUCCAAAGCCAGCAAAGGAGUACAGAUACCCAGACAAGCUGCCAGGAGAGCUCUAUGACGCUGACACACAGUGCAAGUGGCAGUUUGGGGUGAAGGCCAAACUCUGCAGGCUAGAUUUUAAAAAGGAUAUCUGUAAAGCACUUUGGUGCCACAGAGUUGGCCGAAGAUGUGAAACAAAGUUUAUGCCAGCUGCUGAGGGCACUGUUUGUGGGCUCAACCGGUGGUGUCGCCGUGGACAAUGUGUGAAACACGGAGAUUCAGGCCCAAAACCUAUAAACGGUCGUUGGUCAAACUGGUCAAUGUGGUCACCUUGUUCGAGGACCUGUGGAGGAGGAGUAACAAACCGAGAACGUCAGUGUACAAACCCAAGACCACAGUAUGGAGGAAAGUUCUGCGAUGGUAUUCAUCGUACAUACAAGCUUUGCAAUAAUCAAAAAUGCCCUAAAAAUAGCGUUGAUUUUAGAUCACAACAGUGUGCUGAAUACAACAGCAAGCCAUUCCGAGGGUGGUACUACAACUGGAAGCCAUAUAUUCAUGUUGAGGACCAUGAUCUUUGCAAACUCUAUUGUGCAGCAGAAGAUUUUGACUUCUUUUUUGCUCUUUCAAGUAAAGUCAAAGAUGGAACACCAUGCUCUGAGGAAAGAGCUGACGUAUGCAUAGAUGGUGUAUGUGAGGCAGUUGGAUGUGACCGUGUACUGGGUUCUAAUGCUGUGCCUGAUGCAUGUGGGGUCUGCAAAGGAAACAACGCAACCUGUAAAAUCUAUAAGGGCCAAUACAGCAAACAGCACUAUGUCAACCAAUACUACACGGUAGUUGUUAUUCCUGCAGGAGCACGUAGCAUUCGUGUAUAUGAAGUAAAUAUCUCCAACGCUUACAUUGCUGUUAGAAACCAACAACAAAAAUACUAUCUCAAUGGCCAUUGGACAUUGGAUUGGCCUGGUCGGCACAGAUUUUCUGGCACAAUAUUUGAUUAUAAAAGGCCCUUCAAUGGCCAGGAAAGCCUUUCUGCCAUGGGCCCUACGAAUGAAACAUUAGUAAUAGAGAUACUACUUCAGGGCAAAAAUCCAGGGAUUGGAUGGGAAUAUUCCUUGCCAAAAUCAUCGACUGAGAAUAAAACAGCUCCAAAACACAAUUACACUUGGGCCAUUGUUCGCUCUGAAUGCUCAGCUUCUUGUGGAGGAGGUAAUGUUUCCUUGAGGGAGGUAACAUACAGGGAACAGAAAGUAGAAAUAAAUGGAUCAAUUUGUUUUCCCAAGACUAGACAAGUUAUGGGCGUGACUAACCUUCGGUAUACGGCCUGUCCCCCUGUCUGGGCUGUUGGUGACUGGGGAGAAUGUAGCCAAACGUGUGGAAGAGGUGAACAGCUAAGACAAAUCCGUUGCACUCGAAGAGUCGCUUACAACAAGCUAGAGGAUGUACACCAUGUGUUGUGUCCAUUUCCAAUGCCAAUCCAAAAGCAAGCGUGCAAUACUCAUAACUGUCCACCUGCAUGGAGUGUGGGAGCUUGGUCGGAGUGUUCCCGAACAUGUGGAAAAGGAUGGAAAAAGAGGACUGUUGUUUGCAAGAGCACAAAUCCUACUCCCAGGUCUCAGAUCCUACAUGGGAGUGCUUGCAAGGCCAAAGCAAAACCUAAAACCCAAGAAACCUGCUUGCUGAAACGCUGUCAUAAACAUCGCAAAAUGCAGUGGUUUAUAUCUACAUGGGCUGAGUGUUCUGUGACUUGUGGUAAAGGGAUUCAAAAGAGACACUUAAAGUGUGCAAACAAAGACAAUUCUGGAAAAUACAAAGAAUUUGCUUACAAAAGAUGUAAUCACUUGCCAAGACCUAACCUGGAGCUAGAAAGAACAUGCAUUCUUAGUGCAUGUCCAAAACCACCAAGUGAAAGGGCCUUCAGCAAUGCACUAGCAAACUGGUAUGCCUCACCUUGGUCACAGUGCUCUGUUAGCUGUGGGGGAGGGGUGCGAGCCCGUGCAGUUCAUUGUCUUGCGUACGGUAGACCUACCUCAGAGUGUCUACUACACCAAAAACCCCUCGCUACAGAAGCAUGCAAUACCAAUUUCUGUCCUCUGCCUGAAAAAAAAGAUGUCUUUUGCAAAGAUUAUUUCAACUGGUGCUACCUGGUACCCCAGCAUGGUGUUUGUGGUCACAAGUUCUACGGCCAGCAGUGCUGCAAAUCGUGCUCCAAGUCAAAUGUAUAAAAGAACCAUUAAAUGAACAAAAUACAUUAAUUUUGUUAUAAGGAAGCUGCACAUUGUAAUUUUGGUUGCAUCUGAUGAUUGAAGAGGUAAAGACUAAUCAGGUUCUGACUUGUACGUGAAACCUAGCAGCAUUCCACCUGUCAAUCAAUGUGAUAAAAGAGAGCUAUUCUUACAUAUAUUACUAUCACCAGAUCAGCAAAAUCUUGCAGCACUGCCCAUAUUUGAAUCCUUCGAUUCGCAAGCAACAAUGAACAAUGUCUGUACAAUACCAUGUACUUAAGUGCAAGAUUGAAAAAUAUACCAGUUUUUCAAAGGAAGUGUUAUAUGUUAUUGACCUACAUAAUCUGGCUAUGUGAAAUGAACUGAGCAAAGAUUUUGAAAACCAGAAGGCAUUCAAAAUACUGUGUAAACAAAAGUGGGAGUGGGGAAAAGUGUGGGAG